GAGAUAGGCUCUUGCCUUCUUGCACCAAACACAUAGUAUGGACCCACAAGAGCUUGAACACAUAAAUGAUCUGUUGGACCACGAUGUCGAACUUAGGGAGAAAAUCAAAGAUCAAGUGACUGAACUAGACAAAAAAGCGCGGAACAUGGUUGGGCAGCUGAAUAAAAUACAUUCAACUCCUGAAAAAUCAAUACCCGCGUUACUUGACACCGUCCAACCGACAUUGCUGAGUUGUCAAGAAACAAGCGCUACCCUAGCUGCUCUUAUCCCACCUAAUCAGUUUUGGCGCUGGAAAGACAUGUGGUCUAACUCGCUACGCACUGCGGUGUUCUCAGCAGCCCUUGUACAGUACCUUGGUAAUGGAAACUUGGCAUCUUUGUCCCAAGUCAGUGAAACCCUUGGUAUAAAACAAGAGUGGAAGGAUCGGUUUGCACUCCCUGUAGAAGACUACCUCCAUGGCUUGAUCAGUUUAGUAAAUGAAUUGUCACGCCUUGCCGUAAAUGCUGUAACGCUGGGAAAUUUUGAAGAACCGAUCAGAAUAUCGAUUUUUGUCAAGGAUUUAUUCGCAGGAUUUUCCAUGUUAAACCUGAAAAAUGAUACACUGCGACGGAGGUUUGACAGCUUGAAGUAUGACAUCAAGAAAAUUGAGGAAGUGGUAUAUGAUGUAUCUCUUCGAAAACUCACACCACAGAAAGAAGAGCUCAACACCAAAUAAUAAAUAGCUGUAUAUGUCUUGAGUAGAAAACCUUGGUAAAUUAUGUUGUGAUAGUUGUGUCAUAAUUAUAUGUUGCCACACUGCAA